AUGUUCUGCCACGAAUGUACACUUCAAAACCACAUAUAUCACCCUUUGCAUAGGAUUGAGAUAUGGAACAGGUCUUUUUUUCAGCAUAUCACACUCAAACAGCUUGGUGUUCGAGUACAACUUGGCCAUAACCCAGGAGAAAGGUGCUACAAACCUUCUCCCACUGCCGGUGAUGAUUUUGUGGUCAUCGGGCUCGAUGGCAUUCAUGAAAUUGCACUGGACUUCUGUGGCUGCACUUCAGCUCAGAUUCGGUACAAACAACUAUUACGUAUGCGGUGGUAUCCAGCCACAGUCUCAGAGCCUCGGACUGCAGCAACCUUUACGGUUCUGCAGCAUUUUCAUAUUCUAUCAUUUGAAAGCAAGGUAUCUGCUUACGAGUUUUAUCACUCCCUCGCAAGGCACACCAACAAUUCUGGGUUAGUAGCGAUCAGGGAUCGGUAUUCCGCUUUCAUGCGGAUGGUACGCCAAUGGCAUAACCUCAAACAACUUGGCUGCGGAGGAAGGGGACACGACCCUGCCGGUGUCAAUGCUACAGCCAAAGGAGAGUUAGCUGUUCUCUGCCCCACGUGCCCACAGCCCGGGAAGAAUCUUCCGCUAGACUGGGAGAAGGAGCCUCUAUUUACCAGAUGGAAAUAUGUGCUAUUUGUUGCAAUAGACGCGAACUUUAGAUUGAAGCGCAAGGUGGUGUCUUCUGAUACUGCCGACCCUAGCCUUAAUGCUGGAUGGGUGUAUUUUGUGCACAAGGACUCAUACAAGUCUUACCUCGCAGAUCGUGCUACCGAAAAGCAAGAGCGAAGCACGUGCGUAAGCCACAAUGCGGUCAACAUGGCGGAUACCAAGUCCUCCCAUGGGCUUGCUGCAACAGGAGUUGGGACGAUCGACUGUGCAAGACACGACAUGAAGCUCCCUAACGGAGUUGGAGACCUGCAGAAGGGGGAAUGGUACAUCAACAUGGACUAUAUCAUGUGUUCCGCGCUCCUCAUCCUCGCGAUGUCCAUGAUCAAUAUAUCCUACGACAUCGCCUGCCAAUACGUGGGCCGAACAGAUGGCGAAGCCCCUGAACGGGGCUGGUCCAAUAUCAACCGAGUGGCAUCAAGUACCAAGGAAAUGGGACCAGGAGCACACCGGGACACUCUUGAUGAUCACUUCAGUGAUUGGAACUGGAAAAAAAUAACAGCAUUAGGUGAGCGGUUUCUUUCUUUUAGGCGGACAUUGCAUAAGAAGAUGGUUGAAGCUGUCAAGUGGACGAAGGAGCACUCCAAAGCCCUCGCAGAACUGGAGAAGACUAUUCAGCCGGCUCUCAUCGCUCAAUGGAAGGCAGAGGUGGAAUCCUGGGAGGAGGAUAACUCCUCUCCAAAUCCCUUUGAAAGCCGGUUUAACCAUAAUGGAUUGAUUACAUCAGGCAUGGAUCUCGAGGAUCAACAGGCGCGCUUAAGAUCCAGUCUUGCCAAUGUCUCCCUCCAUGACACCGAUAAUCAGAAGGCUACAACACAAACUCAAAUCACCUCCCUCCAACGACGGCUUGAUGUGUGGGCCCGCAUCCAGGAGCUAUAUAUGCCAGUUGUCUGUCAACUCCGGCAUCAAUCAUCAGAGGCUAGCGGGAAGUCGCAGGAACUGAAACCUGAAGACUUCAACCUGUGGCUCCCUUCACAACUUCCAGCUGGCACCCCCGUAGACCAGACGCUUGCUGGCCACAAGUGGGAGCUACGCUAUGUGCAGGCCCUCGAUGCCCUGAACAAAGUUCGUUCCCACCUCCGGCUUCAAUCCCACAUGUACAAGUACAAGGAUAAGAAUGUCCGUGGUCAAGUGGGUUCUACUCGUGCCAAGAAAAUCAUUGAUGCCGUGGAAUCGAGGAAGCACACCAGUGUAUUGAAGUACAGAUGUGCGUGCAGCACCCUGCUGUCUCUUGGCCACCGUCUUGAGAAGUGCGGUUGGGAGCUCACCAUGCACCCACUUCUUGACUCCGAUGUUAAGCCUAUGGGUGACAUGGAGCAGCAAGGGAGAGGAACCAUCUCCUGGAUUUGGUUAGACUCCCAUGCUGAUAACAGCUGUACAGAAAAUGAACACAUACAGGAUUGUAAUAUCCGCUUGGAAUGGUGCAAGGCUUGUGCCCGCGCACACUGGUGGUCAGAGGAGGUGGAAUUAUUGCUAGAGGAGAUGAGACAAGUGCUGGCGUUUUUGAGAUGGCAAGGGUCCUGGUGGAAGGAGCACAUGACUCUCCGAACGCUCAACUCAGCACCUGCACAAGAGGGACUGUCAGCGUAUGCGUGUCACCAGUCUGCACUGCUGUGGAGUGAUGUGCCUACCCUUGUCUCUGGUGGUGUCCUGAUUCUGGAGAGUGGAGAGAUAGAUGCUCCUACUAUUGACACUCCCCCGCAGUUAUAA